CCGCCAGCAUUUGUAUUCAUAUAUAUAUACAUAUAAAUUUACCACUGAUAAUUUUUGGUUUGUUCGUAUACAGCGCGACCUAAGCAGAAUGAAAUAAAAUUACAAGAAAUUGAUGCCAGCAUUGUCCAACCGGCGAAAAUAAUUUUAUGCUCAGCACGCGUGCGUGGGCUAGCAUCGAUUUUUCGCUCAAUAAACUACUUAAAAUCGGAACGUGACUAUUCUUAGACACUCCUUAAUCAAAUAAUUUGUGGAUAAAGAUAAUUGAUUGUACAAUAUGGGUGCCUACUUGUCGCAUCCGAAGACGGAUAAAGCGUCUACAGAUGAAUUUAAUGAGUUGCUUGCUGUUGGAGCCAGCUCAAUGCAGGGCUGGCGGAACAGUCAAGAGGAUGCACACAACUCCAUUUUAAAUUUUGACAAGGAUACAUCGUUUUUUGCUGUUUAUGAUGGUCACGGCGGAGCUGAGGUAGCCCAAUAUUGUGCCGACAAGUUGCCAGAGUUUCUUAAAAGUCUAGAAACGUAUAAAAAUAAACAACUUGAAGUGGCACUUAAAGAUGCAUUUUUGGGAUUUGAUAAAACGCUGCUUGAUCCUCCGAUAGUCAGCAUACUAAAAAUAUUGGCAGGCGAACAUAAUUUCGUCGAUGCUGAUGCGGAGGAUUACGAUGAUGAAGAUUUAGCUGAAUUGCAAGAGGAGAGCAACUUGCCUUUAAAUGAAGUCCUAGAAAAAUACAAAGGGCUUCCGCAGUCACACGAUUCGGUCAUUCAAAAAACGGAGAACGAAGCAAAUUUAAAAAUGCUUUCGCCAUACUUGCGCGGCCGUCGGGCCGCAGCUGUAGCAGCGGAAGCUGCCAAUAAGGCUGUAAUGGACCCGACAGCUAAACCAGAAGGUUCCUCCACCUCAGCAGCAGCAGCAGCUGCAGCUGCUGUUUCUGCCCAAGCUGUAGUUGACUAUGCAAGUCCCAGCAACGCAGAGCGGACAUUGCAAAAGCUCGAAGACGAAUCAAUUGUGAGCAGUAGCAAUAACGCUCCAUUAAAAAAUGCAACUCUUGAUAAAAACAAGGAAUCGAAUGGGAUUGCUUCUAUGGAAGAGAGUGGGGUUACUAUUUCUGAUCCCAGAAUGGCAACUGAGGGUAAGAAGGAGAACAACGCAGAGGAAUCAUUCGUAUCUGGAUCUAACGAUGUCGACAAAGCGAGCCCAAAUGGACAAUCCUCUAAAAGUGAAAUUACUGGAAUUUCGUCGACUAGCAAAGAAUCUGAAAGAGUCCUAAAAAAGAUAAAUUCUCAAGAGGAUGAGUCAACAGAUGAUGAUGCCGAUUAUGAUGAAAAUGACCUGGUCGAGAGUCCUGAUAUUUCAUCUGCAGAAAGCUCUGAUGAAGACAUUCAAGAUGGUGCUGCCAACGAUGACGAUGAAGAAGACGAUGGGGAUGAGGUUAGUGACGAUGAUGAGACGGAUGAAGAUCAAAUGGCCAAUGAUAAUUUUUGCGCAAAUAUGAUUGAAGAACCUGGCAAAGAUAGUGGAUGCACUGCUGUUGUUUGUUUGUUGCAUGGUCGAGAUUUGUACGUGGCAAAUGCUGGCGACUCGCGCUGUGUUAUAUCCCGAAAUGGUCGGGCUAUUGAAAUGAGUCUCGAUCACAAGCCUGAAGAUGAAGAAGAAGCCUCGCGCAUAGUUAAGGCAGGUGGUCGCGUCACUCUUGACGGCCGAGUUAAUGGCGGCCUAAAUUUGUCUCGAGCCCUUGGAGACCACGCCUACAAAACCAAUCUUGAACUGCCUGCUGAGGAACAAAUGAUAUCUGCCUUACCAGACAUCAAAAAGUUAAUUAUCACCCCAGAGGACGAGUUUAUGGUAUUGGCCUGUGAUGGUAUAUGGAACUAUAUGUCCAGUGAGGAGGUCGUUGAUUUUGUACGAUUGAGAUUAAAAGAUGAAAACAAGAAAUUGUCAAACAUUUGUGAAGAGCUUUUUGACAACUGUUUAGCUCCAAAUACAAUGGGCGAUGGGACUGGUUGCGAUAACAUGACAGCUGUAAUUGUCAAAUUCCAGGAAAACCUACAAAAACUACAGACUACCAUUGAUCCAUGUGAAACCGAAGAUGUGUUAGCUAACACGAAUGCAGCAUAUGAGAAGGUUUCAGACCUUAAUAAUGAUCAGAGUACACUGAAGAGAUGCGCUUCGCCAGAUACUGCUUCUGAAAUCAAUGAUUUAGAAAAAAAAAACAAAUCCAAACGAUUAAAGACUGAUGAAAUAAUCGAACCAUCCGACAUUAUAAGCAGCACUCCAUCAUCGGCCGAACAGGAUGAAUGCACUAGCAUGAAGGCGAGUAACGAAGUCACUGUAGUUGUUUCUUCAUCGUAAUUUGAUGUACGAAAAUGCACUCGUAUUCAAUAUUUGAUUGUAACCUGCAUUUUAAUCUUAAAAAUAUAUGAACUCAAAGAGUCAAAUGCGAAAAUUGGAGCAACAUUACAAAAGCUAUGGCAGGUGUAUGCAAGCAAAUAUUCAUUUGUACACACUUACAUAUAUUUUAAUUAUAUUUAAAGACAUACUUUUUAAUUCGUCUUUUCAUAAACUGCUACUUAAAAGAUAAAAUAAAGAUAAAAUUGAUAUAAUAAUUCAUAUAAAUUAAA